ACAGCUGAUUUACUUCUAAUUAUUGACGAGAUGCGCGUGCACAAUCACAUGCGAUUUAUCGUGCAGCCCUACUUCGUAAGGUGCAUGCAUGCGCAGGGUUUGGCGGUGCACGUACAGUACGUGCGCACUUUUAUGAUGACACAAAUUGCGUCACACACAAUGUACAUGGACUCGUGCGUACGCGUAAAAAAAUGGACCAUACUUCGGCCUUAACUCUUAUCGUCUGUUUACAUCAUAUUAACUGGCAGACAUGUUUGCGAUGUUUACCUUAAUAGAACGGCCAGGUUUUGAUCGCAACCAUUUGACAACAUGCAUAGUGAUGUAAACAACAAAAUGACGGUCUCCGACUAAAACGAUUUUUAUUAAAACUAUGACAUGCUGUUUUUCACAUUCAUAAAGCCAAUCCAUUUGUUAAUGUAUUAUAGUCAGGGUACCCUUUUAGAGGUUAACAUUAUUGCAAUACUUUCAUUUCCUCACGCCUAAUUUGUACGGGCACUUUCUAGAAAUCAGGACGGGUUUGAAUUGCCGUAGGAUGUUGAUCUUUUUGAGAUCAGAGUGAAUUGUUGAGAAACUCACAAGAUUUAUAAUAAGCAGUCUCUAAUCGGUUAAUUCUACCCAAACGCCCACAAAGUCUAAUAGUUUAAGAGGAAACUGGCAAACUGACAUCACGUUGGCUUUGAUGGUCAUUCAUAUCUGUAGUCAAAUAGUGUGAGCCACAGCGUGACUUCAGGGAUAAAAGCAAAAAGAGACCGAGACGUAUCGAGUGCCAAAUGUGAAAUAAAGUUUUCAGAAAAGAUACUUCACACAGUAAAAAUGAAAAACCUCAUGCUUUUGAAAACACGGUGCUGUACAUCCAGCUUGUAAAUUUCCGCUGUAGAAAAACAAAGCAAAGAGUGAAAGCUUUAAUACAUGUAUGUACAGUUCAUACUUUCUAAGAUGAACCAGACGGCGCUUUAUCAAUGUUAUGAACCACCCUCAGGUUAUUUUUCUUUUUAUCGUAUUCUGUCAUUUGCAUAUUGACCGAUAACAAUGAUGUAUGUCUGCUUUAGGUUUUUCCCUCCAACCACUGCAGAUUCAUUUGGCUUCAUUGAAUAUUUCUAUAACAAAAGGUGUUUUCCUUAAAAAAACUAUUGGUGCCCUAAUGAUUUCAAUGUGUAAAAUUUAAAAACAAGUGUUUUAGACAACUAAAGUAGUGCUAAUGGUUAGGUAGUUAAAUCUCAGGUGAGCAUUUAUGACCUCAAUACAUUAGGCGAGAAAUUGAUCCCAUGAGCAUUAAGCUGUUAGUUAUUAAUGACAAUAUUAACAUUUCAAUUUCUAGAAGGGUUUUCUGAAUCGAAUGAUAUAAAUUUGCUUUCAUAAGAAGCACUGUAAACAACUGAGCCAUUGUCCAUCUAUUGAAAAUCUGUUGUCAUUAAAAUAAUGUUUUAUUGUUUUCAAGCAUUAAGCUGUGUAUGUAAGACUCGUGUAUGCAUGUGUAUUUAUGUCUGGAACGCACAGAUUAAGAGUUUUUCUACAGCAAUUUACUUCUUGUUUGUCGCUAUAUAACCAUACAAUUAAAAGUGCAAUUUGCAUUGUAAUGCCAAAUCUGGUCUUGUACGAUAAAGACAACACUACACAGUCAGGAAAAUGACUCAUUGACUAUAUUUUCCAUGUUUUUUCAUUUAAAAGCUAUGGAAAACUGCAGAUUUGCAGUGGCUACAAACAGUAAGUAAAUUCCACAGAGAUCUUUACCAGAAUCAUAACUAAAGAUGGAAAAAUGUGAUACUGUAAGUGCUUUUUGCAAUAACAGUACGCUAUCAGAAAAAAGGUUAAAAAACAUAAUUGGGAUGGUACCCAUAAUAAAAGACCUACUUUCUAAAAAACUGCUGGGGGUGUUGGGUGAAAAAGGGACGAGCCCAGCCUGCUGGGUUGUAAUUCAACCCAAAAUGCAGAGUUGUUUUAUCCCAUUGUUGAGUCAAAUAUAAAAAUGUUUUAGGAUCAGUUAACCUAACGUCUGUGCUCGUCCCUUUUUGACCCAAAGCUGAAUUAAAACCCAGCAUUUUUUAGUGUAGUAUGUACCAUUUCGUUUCCACUGUUGGCUCACAUCAGGAAGGUUCCCGGCUAUGUCCGGAGGUCUUUUUUGUUUGGAGUUUGCUUGUUCUCCCUGUGUCCGUAUGGGUUUUCUCCGGGUAUUCCGGUCCAAAAAACAUGCAGGUUAGGUGAAUUAGUGAUAACUUGUAUGUAUUAACCGGUUCUCGCCGUAGAUACUGCAAUCAUGUUGGGAAUAACUAAAUAUGUACCUUUAAGGUACUAAGAUGCACCCUUAAGGUGUACUUUUUGAAAGGGUACCGCCCCAGUGCAAGCUUUAGUACCUUUUUUCUGCGAGUGUAUGAAUGCUUUGUAAUCCAGAGAGAAUAUUGUAUGCUCAAACGCUGGCUAUGCAAGUCCUGUACCCUGACAAGACAGUCACACCAUUUGAGGAUCUCACCUGAGACUCGUGGUGCUCAGUAGAUUUUGUAAGAAUCGCCUUAAACGUUGUCAGAGUCGUAGCAUCUUUGUUUCAUUUUCAUAGAAAUUGUCCACUCGAAAAAAAAAAUGUUUCAGUGGAGUUAAAUACAUCUAAGGGGUCUCUUUAAAUGUACACAUGUGCCUCUGUAGUUUUGGGUCUCAACGUUUUUUAUAAUCUAUAAUUUUCAAGGUUCAAGUGGAAAAUGUAGCCUGAGUGUUAAGGAAAUGACUUAAUGGUUAUUUGGGGAACCAGAAAUAGUUUUUCAAUGACCUCACAGUGAACGACAAGCACUUUUAUUUUUAAAAGUGUAACUUUGCGUUUGUAGACAGUUCCUUCCUGAGCCAUCAUCCAUUUACUUAUUUUAAAAGUGCAACUUCUAUAAAGUUAUUUCAGUGUUUCUAAAAAUGUCGCUUGAAGAUGCAGUUAAAGCAUAACUUGUAUUUUUAAGACCUUCCCAAACUUUUUGUUUUGACCUCCUGUAAAGGGGUGCAUGCAUCAAUUGUUGGGGAUCAAUCCCAAACCCCUAUAAAGUUUUCAGCGGUUCAUUCUUACUGAGCCGUCUUUAAGCAGAUAAAUGACAACCCAGUAUAUCAAGGAGGACAAAUAGACCCAGAACUUAACAACGGCACAUGUGUGGCUUGAUAUAGAGUUCCUCUGAAAAGAGUUACAAGACGAUUUAUGUAUAUAUAAGUAUGUAUGUAACCAAAAGCAGAACAGAAACCGCUCGCUUUAUUGCAAGUAUGCAAAAAGACUGGAGCUUUAAAAAUGUCAAAAUAAAGGUUACUGCUGAACAAACACUUCAGGCCGUGGAGUUUUUGUGUCAUAGCGUUUGAUUCAUGUUUUCUUUUUCAAUGUAUAGCUCACAUUUUCCCUCCCGUCUGUUUUUCUGCCAGUCUCUUGAUAAGGCAAUAUAGGGAAAAGAUCAUAAUGCAUAAAAUGAAGACAUUGGAGAUCAAAGACAAUAUAUGAAGUAUAUAUGCAGUGCUAGCUGAAAUUAAAUGUAACUUUUUGUCUUUGAACUACUUAAGUUUGAUUGGAAAUGAAGCAGUGCAAUCUUGAAGACGUUUGCUGGAUGUAACGCAAGUCGUCCCUGUAUAUUUUAUUUGCAUUAAGCAGGUAAAGGGCAGUGUGUUUGAAAGAGGGAGGAGAAUGACAGGAAGAGGCAGCAGGUGAGGAAACAAUGAGAUGACAAGAGUACAACAACACAAACGGACUGAAGAGACAGAAAUCGAAUUUUGUUAGCAUUUUGGGAUUCUUUUGUUUUCAAGAUGCUUGUGACCGUGUUAUUUAUUGUCACGAUGAUGCCGACAGGUCAUCUAAUGUAUGACCUCCUUAAGCAGCACAAUAAAGAAAGAUUUCCCCGGGCCAUCGUGAAGAGAGACUGUUCAUCAUCAAUUUUGUGCCAACCAGGAUUUCGCCUAUUAGGCUGCAGGUGCUCUCCGUGUAAACCUGGUUUUUUCACCAGCGAGAUGAACAGAGAAGAUGAGUGUCACCGCUGCUACCAGAGCUGCAAACCUGCCUUAAAUAUGGAGGUGGUGAAAGAGUGCACAAGAACAUCUGAUGUGGAGUGUCGUUGUCGGGAUGGUUUCAACUGUACAGAGCGAGAUCCAUACACACACCACUGUGAAAGAUGUGAUCCCAUCACAAAACCCACCCCAAGCCUGCCCUUUAUAUCACCUUACUCCUAUCCCGCCUCCAUUUUAUCCACUGAUUCCCAGCAAAUCGACAGGAUGGAUGGAAAUAGUCUUUUGAUUUGGAUUUUUAUUGGAUUCUCAUUAAUUAUUUUGUCCAUCAUGGUCCUUACCAUCUUCUGUCGGUUCUGCAAAAAGAAAGAGAAAGAAUGCUUUAAGCAAUUUGUCAGGCAAUGCUCAUUGGGCAAUCUAGAGAUGGACAGUGAGACCACACCUCCAAACAGCCAGCCAAGUGAUCAGCGAGAGAUGCCGUCACAUGACAGUACACCCACCAAUCAACAAACAGGCUGCCCUUUCCAUCAGCCAACCGUCUCGCCGCAGGCGGUGUCUCCUUCUGGUAAUUUAGGCCCACUUCACAUCUAUGGUCCCCAGACAGUUUUUGUUAGUUUGCUCAAUCAAUUUGGAUACGAUGGAGGAGAUAAAAAAGCUAAUGAACUUCAAGAGGAAUCUAUAAGUAGCAUCAAUGUGCCCCAUCCUCAAUCUCCCCCCAUAAAUCUAUCUCAAGAGGAAAAAAGCUACGAGAACGAUUUUAUCUUCUUCCCAUCUCAAGAACAAGGAAAGGAGUGCCAUAUAUCUAAAGAAGAGGGGCUGUAAAGGAUUAUCAAAAAUCUUUGUACUCCUUCGGUACUAUUUGACCCAGUAUUAAAACUCUAACCCUGGCAGGGGAUUUUGUCCAAGAGGCAAGAGGCUGCUCCGUUGGAAAACCUGGGUGUUUGACUAACAGAAAGUUUUAUGUAUGAGCUUGACAGUUUAUGCUGACUUUUAUGCUUUGUCAUGAUUUCGAUCCAUCGGAUUGGCUGAUGCGGUGCUGAUGUUGACUGCAUAAAGAGCUGCAAAGCUCUCAGGUCACUGCUGGUCUCUCUUAUGAAUGGCGGUUAAAAGAUCUCAUGGCCAAAGCUUUAUCCAAGCAGCUCUUUGUUAAAGAGCAGAACACUCAAAGAUAUUUAUUUAAACUUUUGCUAUUAAAGGCAGGGUGCAUGAUUUUUGUGAAAAACUUUGUAAGGGGCGUGUCUACUAACACUUAUUAAUCAUUGCCUGGGUUGUGUAUAUGUUGGGCGGGUCUAUCAAAAGAAGGUCCAGAUUCUUUUGAGGUGGGGGCAUGUUUGUUUAGGUGAUUUCAAAUGUCAACAUUGGCUUUCAGAGAUCAUGCACCCCGCCUUUAAAGGGGUCAUAGCUUGAAAAUCUGACUUUUUCCAUGUUUAAGUUUUAAAAUUGGGUCCCCAGUCCUUCUAUUAACCUAGAAAACGUGAAAAAGAUCAACCCAGUACCUUUGUUUGGGUAAGCCAUUUUCUGGAAGCAUGUGAAAAUUAAGUUGUUCAGUUUUGUGAGGUAGGUAACAAGGCGAAUUACAAUAAUACCGCCCCUUAAUCUGCACUAUCCAACCACAGCAC